UCUGGCGCUCGGCGAAGACGCACGACUGACUACCCCGACCUGCUGCCCAAAGAAAAGCGAACAAAUUUUGGCGCGCAUUUAUGUCAACGAUGUGGCUCUAUCGGUGUGUGUGCAGCUAAUUGCAGGGCGCACUUUAAAUAUUCAUGGGACAAGUGCAGCGACAAAGGUCUGAAUAGUUCACCAGAACUAGCAGCUUUUUUUUAUUGUACCGCGUUUUGGCCUUUUUUGACCAAACCGCUCAAAACAAACGAGGUGAAAACAAUAAGCCGGCAAUCCAACGAACAUGUAAAUCGAAGUUCAAAUGGCAGCGAGCAACAAGCCCCAGUACAAGUACAAAUCCCACGGCGCCGCCCUGGAGUGUCUUCUGCACCUCGUCCUGUUUGCCAGAGUUGUGCGUCUGGAGGUUUUAGCCGAGGAAGUCACUACUGCAGCCAGUCUUUCGGAAGAAUGGGGCUCUGGUUGGCGGGGAACCAACUUCCUCGUGGAGGUCGAGCAGACCGCUCCCAUUUCGCCGCUCUCCUCCUCCUCGGCGUCCUCGAAUGCCAGCGAGGAUUAUGUCGGGGAGCUGGGGAGCCAGGAGGUGGACGAAGGAUUCACAACAGGUGCCACAACAGGAGCCUCCAAUGCCACCGCCGUGGAAACAGGACCCAAGAUCAUCGUGCGCACCGAGGAGGUGCUGAUUGUGGGAUUGGUCCUGGUGCUCUGGGUGGGCGCCAUCAUGCUCUUCUUCAACCGGUGGGGCAAGAUCCGGAUGCUGGAGCCCUACCAGCCGAAGUUCCAGCAGCAGCACCGCAGCUCCUGUCCACUGGUCGACUUGGAUGCGGUCACCACGCACCAGCGCUCCUCCGUGUCGCGAAUGUCGAUGGGCAUGGUGCACAAUCUCAAUAUGCCGACGUGUCAAUUUGCGGCCUAUAAUCCCAACAUUUAUGCCAAGGGCUACGCCUCGCAUGUUUCGGCGUCGCGGCCCCGCCAAAAUUCGGUGUUUGUGGGUGCCAGUACCAGUCACUACUUGAUGCCAAGGCCGCCGCGGAAGACCCGAUCUGCGAUGGACCUGCACUCCAUGGUCCUGGACGAGAGUGCCGAGCAGGUGUAGGCCUCACUGGGGAGGUCCUGCGGUCGAGUUUUUUUUUGGGAGAGUGUGCUAGGUCAGUCUACAAGUCGGUGGGGUGUGCGUGCGUAUGUGAGUUCCAUUUUCUUGGGGGUCCUUUAAAGUAAAUUACUGCUCCAAUAAUUUCUAGAGUUGUUGAAUCUUCUGUUAAAGUUUUUAAAGUGUACUACAAAAAAUCUUCAAUCAGAAAGUCUUAUUUGAAGUGCUCUGAGUAGAUGUUUUUUACUAAGAGCAACCAGUGUUUCCGUUUCCAUAAAUUGCAAUUUAAUUUUAUUAUUUAUUAUUUUCGACUCGCAAAAGAAAAUGGAUAACUUAGUGGUGAAAAUGCGGUUUAUUUUUUAUCAGGGGCCUGCAACUGAGGGAGAAAAGAAUGAUGGGUGGAUUAGCACUGUCCAAUAUUUGCAACUAUAUAUGUAUAUUAGCCACUCCCAACAAACUUAAUGCCAUUUUCAACCCUCUCUGUCGCACACACACCUAUUUCUGUGCUGGCACAGAGUCAAUUUGAGUCAAUUUUAUUUAGGACCAGUUAACACACACGAAAGUAUCGGCUUAACACACCGCAAUUAUGUAGGAGUAUCUAUCUUAGAGUGUUCUUAGCCCUAUCCAGUUACUCAACGUAGUCUUUGCCUAACAAAACACAUUUUCCUAGCGUGUUUCUACUCCUACUCCACAGUAUUGGAUGCCAGAGCAAAUUGUUAAAUAAACUCACGUAUACACUUAAAGUAAUUGAAUAUAUCCGCGAAACUGUUUAGUUCGUAAGCCUAAAGCUCAAAAAUCAAUUAGCAUGAACCUCCAAACUCGACCAAUUGUCUGGAACGAAUAUGUUUUUCCAGCACCUCUGUACGGCACUCUAAAUGUACCUAAACUUAAGUGAUUUCGACCAAGGAAAACUAGAAAAGUAUGCAGAUAGAGGGGGCGGGAACGAUUAGAUGGAAAAACGAACAACUAACUAACGAAAGCUUUAAAUUCUUUGGGUCUCCUGGGGACCUGCAAAACCAAAGCCCAUCCAGUUCGAAGUAAACUUAACCAAAGCUGAGGACUAUACUUUAGGCGUAAGAUAAAACUACAGACGUGUGUAAGUUUCUACAAAAAUGUCUAGUGGAAAAUAUGUGGAUCAAUGUACACUGUAACAAAAAACCAAAGAAAACCAAAAGAAUAUAACCUCAACUUAAAGAUAAAUCACACAGUCAUACCGUUUUUCUUCACAACUCGGAAACCAAAUGAAAAGCUAAAGUCGUUGAAAACAAAUGUUAAAUUAACUCGUUUACAAUAUUUACAAGAGCCUGAGCAAAACCAAUUAUAUAUAUACACUCGUGUACUAUAUCAAAAACUAACUUACGUUUACAUAAAUAUUAUUAUAUACAUGUACGAGUAUGUUUAAAUAAACCCAAGAGGAAUUAUAUACAUUUUGAAGAAUUCAAUUAAAAUUAUAUUUGA